CAAGCCAGUCAAUGGAGUCAAGCGGUCACGGCGAUGCUAUAAUAUUAGUGACAGACGAGUCCGUAGCCGAUGUAAAGAGGAUUUUUACUUGAAUAGAUAGCUGUUAUUUAGACUGCCAUGCCCGCGAAGGAAUAGUUUUAUUCUUAAUCAUUGGCUCCUUUGCAGCUAACGUGCCGUAUCAUCACAAAAGGCCUACGUAGCUAGCAGCUAGCUAGCAAGUGAUUAAACAGCCAACAGCAGCUGCAGCGAAUUAACAAGGCACGCCGUAUUUAAUGUUUUAUCUGUAAAGCAAGCAGUCUGCUCUCCUAACAAGACAGCAUUUCUGAUUUUUUUGGUGCUUCUCCACGAUAAUGGCUGAAGAGGGUGCGGUGGUCAUGCAGCAGAAUUUGGACAGGAGCUGCUGGGUGUGCUUUGCCACAGACGAGGACGACCGCACAGCAGAGUGGGUGCGUCCGUGUCGCUGCCGCGGCUCCACCAAGUGGGUCCACCAGGCCUGCCUGCAGCGCUGGGUGGACGAGAAGCAGCGGGGCAACAGCACGGCGCGCGUGGCCUGCCCACAAUGCAACGCAGAAUACCUCAUCGUCUUUCCCAAACUGGGGCCCGUGGUUUACGUGCUGGACCUGGCAGACCGGCUCAUCUCUAAGGCGGGCCCUUUCGCCGCCGCCGGCAUCAUGGUGGGCUCCAUCUACUGGACCGCCGUCACCUACGGAGCUGUCACCGUCAUGCAGGUGGUGGGCCAUAAGGAGGGCCUGGACGUCAUGGAGCGGGCCGACCCUCUGUUCCUGCUCAUCGGCCUGCCCACCAUCCCCGUCAUGCUGAUCCUGGGUAAGAUGAUCCGCUGGGAGGAUUACGUGCUGCGCCUGUGGAGGAAGUACUCCAACAAACUGCAGAUCCUCAACAGCAUCUUCCCAGGGAUUGGAUGCCCGGUCCCCCGCAUCCCGGCGGAGGCGAGCCCGCUAGCAGACCAUGUGUCAGCGACCCGGAUCCUGUGCGGCGCGCUGGUGUUCCCCACCAUCGCCACCAUCGUAGGAAAGCUCAUGUUCAGCAGCGUCAACUCAAACCUGCAGAGGACCAUCCUGGGAGGCAUCGCCUUCGUGGCCAUUAAGGGGGCGUUUAAGGUCUACUUCAAACAGCAGCAGUACCUGAGGCAAGCCCACCGCAAGAUCCUCAACUUCCCAGAGCAGGAGGAAGCCUGAGGAAGGCUCAGGCAGUCCGGAGGGAGGACGGGCCGGAAGAAGAAGAAGAACCACACACCUCUGCUGGAGGGGUGAGGAGGAGGAGGGGAGGGGUGAUGGUGGUGAAGAUGAACUGUCAGUCUCUGAGCAAAGAAAGUGCUGGUGAAACAGACUUUAAGAAUCAGCGUCACCCCCCCCAUCAUCCUCAUCAUCAUCAUCCUCAUCAUCAUCAUCAUGUACUCCUCUAAUCCCGCCUCUCCAACACCUCCUCACCCCUUCUGUUCUGGAGUGAUUCAUCACACCACCGCUGACAUUCACGCAAGGAUUCCCACCGCCGCCGCCACACAUCGUUUUUAAAAUGUUUUUUGACGCUUCAAUAAGGAGGAGACGGAUAAGCCGUGUGGACACACAAGGAGCGCGCGCGCACACACACACACAUAUAUACACACACAAAUCUUUCCCAAGAACUGGAGGGAGGAUGUUUGAACAAUCACAACUAAUACUUAUUGUAGACUUAUUGUAUUUUAAGAAGAGAAAAUGCGGGGCAUGUGUAAUUAGAAAGUUUUAUAAUAAGAAGAAUAAAUGAUGGUUUUAUAAUGUUUAUUUUGCAGAUUUGAGACGUUCCCCUGUGCCAGCGUGUUAGGGGUUUCUAUUGAAUGAUGAAUAAUUUCAGUGUAUGGAAUGUAUUAAACAAAUAAAUGUGUUUAACAGUUGUGAAUUCUAAUGCAGUACCAUUAACUACGAGCAGGAUGCCACUCUGAAGGUUUUCCAGUAACACACUGACCACAGCUCAUGAGUUUAAGUAGAGGUGUGUGUGUGUGUGUUUUUAUUCAUGGGUGUUUUUAAUCUCUCUGUUCUCUUGCCUUGGCAGUGUUCUCGUUGAUUCUAUUAGCUUUAUCUCUCUUCUUUAAAAUGCUCUCGUGAUGUUUUUUAAAAGCGUCAUCUGCCAUCACCCCCCCCCCCCCCUCCUCCUUCCCCCGCGCUGGAGGAGCCCGUCGUCUCCAUCAGAUGUCCGAGGUGCACGACGCGCUCAGAUUUUUUUUGCAGUGACACGAUGUCGGAAGCUUUUUUUUUUUUUUUUU